CUCUAGGCACCCGAGCGUCUCCGCGCCUCUGUGGCGCGCCCACGGCCCGCUUGGCCACCACAGAGCUGGGGUGCUCUCGGCGCCGAGUUUGCGUUUGCGAGUGGAUCAUGACGCCGCUGCCAAAGCUUGCGGUGUUUGACCUGGAUUACACGCUCUGGCCUUUCUGGGUUGAUACACACGUAGACCCCCCGUUCCACAAGAGCAGCGAUGGAACUGUGCGGGAUAGGCGGGGCCAGAACAUCCGACUGUACCCGGAGGUGCCGGAUGUCUUGGAACGGCUGCAGAGCCUUGGCGUGCCGGUCGCGGCUGCCUCACGAACCGGUGAGAUAGAAGGGGCCAACCAACUACUGGAGCUCUUUGACCUUGUCAAAUAUUUUGUUCACCGGGAAAUCUAUCCAGGUAGCAAAGUCGCACACUUUGAGAGGUUGCGCCACAAGACUGGAGUUCCUUACUCUCAGAUGGUCUUCUUUGAUGAUGAGAAGCGGAAUAUCAUAGAUGUGGGCAAACUUGGCGUUACCUGCAUUCACAUCCAGAACGGAAUGAGUCUGCAAACAUUAACUCAAGGAUUAGAGACAUUUGCAAAGGCCCAGGCUGGACCCUGAGGUCUAACCCUGUGGAUAAGACUCAUCUAAGGUGUAAAACUGAAAAGAGAUCAAGAAAGCCUUAUCAGAUGCAUUUGUAAUUUAUUAAAGUUUCCGUGUGUGACGGUCAGGUUUUUACAACCACA